AUGUCUGAACAAGCUAGGGCGAUCAUCUCUGAAGUCUCGGGUCAUGACCUUGAUCAAUGGCUACGGCCAUCUACAUUUACGAACGAGCUAGAAGAGUCUAUUAGAGGUCAUAUUCACGAAGAAUUGACAAGCUGGAUGUUUUAUCGAAAGCUCGCAGCAGACUGUUCGCGAGCCAACGUUGCUCUGCACGGAUUUGCCAUGCUUUGGCACAGGAGCGCUAAGGAGUGCUUGAUCGAUAUGGAAUGGCUAGAGAAAUAUCUGAUUAUCCGCGGAGGUCGGUGUAAGCCAACUAACAUCGAGGCUCCGAAAUAUGAAUGGCCUGAUUCACCAGUCGAGCCUGUUGGCCCUUGCCGGGAGGCCUUCAAUGUCCAAAGAAAGCUUUUCGUGGACUUGGAAAAGCUGUGUACUUUGGCUGAGAAAUGCCAAGAUACCGCCAUAGUAAACGCGAUCGAGUCGCGCUUCUUGCGGAAACAUGCGAAGCAUUUAAAGAACAUGGGCGAUCUCCUACAACAAGUGACCCGAGUGUCAAAGCAGCCCGGACUAGGCCUAUACCAUCUCGACGCAGAAUUGCGUCAUAAUAAUGGCUGCAUCCCCUGGAUGUCUAUGAACGAUCCUGAUAUCAUCGAGGAAGGAAUCAGGGCUGUGACAAAGAAGAUCAGCGGGGGACUGGCGCUUCAGACACAACAUGAGGGAACCAAACUCGCAUCGAAGGAGGCAGGACACUGUUAG